UAGCCAGGCCAAAACUCCAUCCCACCAAAACAGGCAGAAAUUGCAGGCGGUCUUUUAAAACAGCUCUUACACUAAAGGAGCAUUAUUUAAAUUUUCACACCUGCACAAUUUUACUCCAACCAUUUAUUGUGGAAAUAUAUAUAAAACAUUUAAAUCGCGUUUUUGACUCCGCUGAACAUUUAAAAGAAAAAAGGAUGGUGAUCUGCACAUCGUACACUUGAGAAUACCAGGUUGGGCAAAAAAAUGAAUCAGGUGGCAAUGCAACCAUGCUUUCAGUAGGAAAGCAUUUUCUGGUUAUAGACAGUUUUGAGGCAUUCCAGACUACACACCGAACCGCAAUGGCGUUACUACAUGAAGAACUUCUUACAGAUAUAGGAAAAUAUCUCACAUGUUCAAUAUGCCUUGACAUUUUCACUGAUCCAGUGACUUUAACUUGUGGCCACAGUUAUUGCAUGAAAUGUUUAGAGGAUUGUCUACGUGGAAGAGCGAAGACGAAGAAGGAUUGUCCCGAUUGCAGAGGAAAAAUUCGACCAGGUUUUAAACUGUAUAAAAAUGUUACACUUUGUAACAUCGUGGAUGUUCAUUACAACCAUGAACGUUUUGCAUCCACUGAAGAAUUUACAAAAGGACAUGAAAUGGAAGCAGACUUCAAUAAGGAUAAAGCUGAAGAAUGUGAGGCCUCACACUCACAACAGACUGAUAUCAACAGACCAUCUGAGCUUGGAGGUACUAUACAACAGCAACAGAUGGAGGACCCUGUUGUUAUAAAUGACACAAGCUCAGAAGUGACAGAUGACCAGUGUCCUGAUGUAACAGCCUCCCAUGAUGGCCGGGUUCAGGAGUUGCCCAUCUCCCCUCCCUCAAAUGACAGAUACAGUGCUGAAGCAGGCUUCGGCCCUCCACCCCAUCCCCUGCCUGGGGCCAGCUUCUCCUGGCUCACCUUCAACCCAGCCCAGGGCCACAGGUGCCUGACCUUCCUACCCAAUGAGCACAAAGUGGUGACCAAGAGGACGUCCUCUGCAUGCCACGACGGCCGCUUUGACAUCAGCCAGUGGAUGGCGGAGCAGGAGUUCAGCGAAGGCUGCCACUAUUGGGACGUGGAUACGUCGGCGAGCGUGGGCUGGGCUGUCGGGGUUUCCUACUCCAGCAUUGGCCGCAGAGAUCAGAUGGGUCGCACAGCCAACUCCUGGUGCCUGGAGUGGAGCAGGGACAAGCUGUGCUACUGGCACGAUAACAUAGGGGUGUUUAUCAAACAUGGCUGCCCCAGUAUCGUUAGACUGGCUCUGGAUGUGACGAAUGGGAUCUUGUCGUUUUAUAGCCUGUCUGACAGUCAGACUCUGCUGCAUUGUGUGGAGGAGGGAUUCACAGAGCCAGUGAGGCCAGUCUUCUGGCUGUUUGGGCUGAAGCUAAACAAUGCUCUGUCCUUUCCUCCUUGGGUGUCAUAAGGUGAUGUGAGGAUGGGGACAACAUAAAGAGUUGUCUGUUUAUCAAUGAGAUAAAUAGAAUAAUUUUUUUAUUCAUGAAUAUAUCUAGCACAAUAUUCCUAUUAGAUGUCAAAAUAAAAUGACAAUCACCUAUA